GCUUUUGCUUCGUUUAUAUAAAUAUUUGAAAUGGAUACAAUCAUGUUACAUUUAAGUGAUAGCGAUAAUGAGGAUGAAAAUUGUAUACAAAUUCGUCGCGAGCGCAGAAAUUUGAGGAAUAAUUCAAAAGACAUAUUGGAAAUGGAUGAUUAUAAUUUCUUCAAAAAUUUUCGCAUCAACAAAGAAGCAUUUAUAUACAUUUUAGAGGAAUACGAAAAUGUAUGUGGAAAUGAUAAGAGACAAGGUUCUCUUUCUCCGAAAAUAAAACUUGCUACAUGUCUGCGCUUCUUUGCCACAGGCAACUAUCAGCAUUGUGUUGGAAAGGACUUCAAUAUAAAUGUGGCCCAAUCGACAUUCUGUGGAAUAUUAGAGGAAGUUCUAAACAUUCUUCAGUACAGACUAUGUUCACGGUGGAUUUCUAUUUACAUGAAUGGAAACGAAGAAUUGGAAUCAAAAACAUUUUUUUUUGCCAAGUCAAAAAUUCCGGGUGUGACAAUGGCAGUUGAUGGAACUCACAUAAAGAUAAUGGCUCCAACGAGAGAUAAACAUCUUUAUUAUAAUCGCAAAGGAUUCUCAAGUCUGAACGUUAUGAUAGUGUGCGACCACAAAAUGCAAAUACGCUACGUUAGUGCAAAAUAUCCUGGCAGUAGUCACGAUUCUCAUAUAUGGGAUUUGAGUGACAUAAAAACUAUCAGCGCAACCAAUUAUCGGAGAGGAAAUGCAAAUUUAAUAUUAGGUGAGAAACCAUUGAUAAAAGUACGAUCACCUAAUAAAAAUGUACGCAUUAAAGGAGACAAAGGGUAUCCUCUUCAACCAUGGCUCAUAACUCCAUUUAGAGAACCAAUCACAUGCCUCAGAAAAAGAAGAUUUAAUACGUAUCAUGCUAAAGGCCGAAUAGUUGUUGAGAAAACAAUAGGUUUAUUAAAAUCAGUAUUUCGUUGCCUUUGCAGUGAACGAGGACUACAUUACGCACCAUAUAAAGCAGCGCGUAUUGUUAAUUUCUGCUGUGCAUUGCAUAAUAUUCGUUUGCAUUUUAAUUCUAACGAAAAUUUUAAUGAGCCACACCUGGAUAUAUCUGAAAAUGAAUAUUCAAACAAUGAUGACAAUGAUUUAAAUGAUAUGCCUACCGACGAAGCAAAUAGAAUAAGAGAAACUUUUUUAGAUAUGUUUUAGUAUAAGUUCAUAUAUAACUAAAUAUGUUGAGUUCAUUUUUAUUAAAACUAAGUUAAAAAACGUAAAAAUUCAUUAAAAUGUAAAUAUUUUGAAUUAAUAAUAAAAACUUAUGGAUUAUUUAAAUGUUCAAGUUCCAGUUCUAGAAUUUUUUUUUUGGUUUCCAAUUUAUCAAAGGCUAUUUUUUCCAUGACAGCAUUAUGUCGCUUCAUUUCUUUCAAUUUAUCCUUCUCAUUUUCACUUAGUUUCCUAAGCCACCUGUUUGUGUC